AUUAUCAUAACAACCAAACGGAUUUGAGACCAAAUUGUAUCCAAGCAUUGAUGGAGGCUGUAUCACGUUGUAGUCCUCCCAUCAAACUCCCGCCUCAUUUGGUAAAAUAUCUUGGCAAGUCACAUGGUGCAUGGCAUACAGCAAUGGAAAUACUUCAACGUGAUUCAUUCUCAAGUGUGAGAGGCGAUGAAAAAUUAAGAGAAAGUACUUUGGACGCAUUAUCAGAUCUUUAUGAAACAUUAUCAGAAGAUGAUAUGUUUUAUGGGUUAUGGAAACGGAGAAGUAAAUUUGCUGAAACAAAUAUUGGGAUAUCAUAUGAACAAUGUGGUAAUUGGAUGCAGGCGCAAAUUACAUAUGAAAAUGCUCAAACAAAAAUACGAAGUUCAGGAUUACCAAUCAAUGAGACUGAAUAUCUCUUAUGGGAAGAUCACUGGAUAAUGUGUUCACAAAAAUUACAGCAAUGGGAUAUACUUACCGAUUUUUCUAAAAAUGAGAAUAAUAUAGAAUUGAUGACGGAAUGUGCUUUUCGUUUGAUGGAUUGGACCAACGAUAAGGAUUAUUUGGAACAAGUUAUUCACACAUUAUUGGAUGCACCGUCUCCAAGAAGAAAAAUGUUUGAAGCAUUUAUGAAUUUAAUGAAAUCUCUUCAUACAAAUAGUUUAGAAGAUUUCAAGAAAGUAUCAAUAGAAGCCCAUCAAUUAACUUUGCAAAAAUGGCACACACUACCCAACGUGGUUUCGUACAGUCAUAUUCCUUUAUUACAUUCAUUUCAAUUAUUAGUAGAAUUUGAAGAAGCUACAAAAAU